UGGAGGAUAAGGAAGGUGUUGACGAAGAGCGACACCAACGACUGCUCGAGGCUACUGAUAGCCACCGAUACGGCGCGGCAGCACGUGUUCCCCUACCUGGCCCCGGCGGAGGCGGAGAAGGUGGAGAGCGGCGGGCCGAAGGGGGACGGGGCGGCGGACGUGGUGGUUUGGGACGGGGACACGGGCUCGGAGCACCGGCUGCAGUUCCGGAGGUGGAACUCCAGCGGGUGCUACGUGUUCAACAAUGAGUGGCAGGGAGGGUUCGUGCGGAGGAGGCAGCUGGAGGAAGGCGACGAGGUCGGUCUCUACUUUGACGGCCGACGCCGGCGAUUUGUCUUCUCCGUCCUUAACCGGGCGGCGAACCGUAAUUAA